AUGCGUUGCUUCCGGGAGCCCACGACUCGAUUCGUCUUCGCCGACAGACGGGAGGUCGGCUAUGCAGAGUCAGGUAAGGUAUGGGCAGCAAAGGCUCUGGGCGUCGAGGUUGUGAUGAUCCGUGGCAGCGUGCAUGCGCUGCGGCAGUUAGAGCCAUGGACAACAACGGUGGUGGGGAGCACUCGGCGCCACACAACAGCAGCAGCAGCAGACAUCGACAUCGCGCUUCAAUGGGCACAUGGCAGCCGUGACUUAUUCGACACUCCAUCUGCCAUGUCGCCGACGCCGACGGUGCUCCACCCACUAACACUGCUUGGGUUCCUCCGCUAUGUCCUGACUACCCAGUCCAGCACGAGCCCAACCCUGUUGAUCAUCUGCUCCAGUCAGGAAUCUUUCUUGGAGUACCUUGCUGCUUCAUUGCAGCAGAGUCGCGGCGAGCCAGCCACAGACGAGCUAGAGCGACUGCUUGCGCCUUCGCUCCACAACUUAUUCACGAGCCGACAGGUCAGAAUUGCUUUCUGCCCAUCUGUACAGGCAUUGCUCGCCUACUUGACUGCAUAUGGUCACACUGCGGCUGAAUCCAUAGCUGAGACUAGAUCAAAGGAAAGGGUGGUAUUGGUAAAUCCACUCGCUCUGCACGCAUCAACGCCUUCUUUCUCCGCCCAGGGAUUGUCACGAUGCUUUGCUACAGCGGCUGACGCUGCACUGAACACUGGCGUCCAACUCCAUAUAGUCGAGUGUGAAGGAAACUAUGGGACCUCUGCAGUUCCUGAUGAAGAGGAUGUUGAAAUGGAUGCUGAGCACGAGACCCGGUGCGAAACUAUCAUGGGAGAUCCGUGGGAGCAAGAAGUAUCCAUUCUCAAUGUUUCAGCACGGAGAUUUGGUUCUGGAAGCAGUGGGCAGGCAUGGGCGGGUCGGACCGUCAAGGCGAAGAGGAUUGCAGGGAGAUGGUUUCACUUCGAUCAGCUCGAGAAACAUCAAGCACAUUCGACCCAAGAACGGAACGAGACGUAAAAGGUCCUGAAAAUUUUGAUUCUUUCAAAGCUAUAGGAUCGAUAUCUGGUCGGAUUGGUGCAUCCGUCCAAACGGUCGACCGUCAGCCGUCGCUUCGUUACUUCGUGGGAGCUCAAGCACUCUGGAUAUCCACCGCUUCCAACUAAAAGAGACUGCCGUGUUGCGCCGUGCGACAACACAACCCUUUUCCCAACAUGCGGACUUGGCCGAUUGCCUAUCACCAGUCCUUCUUGAUGUCGAAAGACCACUUGAACUGCAGGUGGACCUGGUCGUCGUCGUCGACAAACUUGGAGAGGGCUGUGUAGUGGCCGCGACCAAGCAUGCCAGAGGGAGCG